AUGGCUGACGGACAAGGUUCAGGAGUUACUACACAACAAUCUACUCGUCGUGGAGUGGUUAAACAGGUGUUAUCUGGUGAUGCUAUUGUCUUGCAAGGUCAAACAACUCAAGGACCACCUCCAGAAGCUACUGUAUAUCUCUCCAAUGUGACAGCUCCUCGUCUUGGAAAGCGACCAACGGAAACGGUCACAGCUACACCCGAUGAACCGUUUGCCUGGGAAGCUCGCGAAUGGCUGCGCAAAAAACUCGUCGGACAAGUUGUCACUUUUGUGAAAGAUUUUACUGCUUCUUCUGGACGAGACCAUGGCCGUGUGUAUCUUGGAGGCACAAACCCAGACAACGCGGAAAAUGUUGCAAAAAGUGCUGUUGCUGAAGGUCUACUCGAAGUCCGAACUGGAAAGAUUUCUGAUGAGUACACGCAAGAGUUAAUGGCUCUCCAAGAAGAAGCCAAAGCUGGCCACAGAGGGCGAUGGGCGGAGAAUGCCAACAAAUCCAGAGAAGUCACAUGGGUAAUUGAUAAUCCGAGAUCACUGGUCGAAAAAUAUCACCAAAAGCCAAUUGAUGCUGUGAUUGAAAUGGUUCGUGACGGGUCAACCUACCGGUUAAUGCUCUUGCCAUCUUUUGAAUAUAUCACUUUGCAAUUAUCGGGUGUCAAAUCACCAUCAACUCGUGGAUCUGACAGCAAACCAGAACCAUUUGCCAACGAAGCAAAGUUUUUCGUUGAAGUUCGACUACUCCAGCGAGAUAUUCAGGUUACGCUAAGUGUGUUGACUGGUCAAUCGGACUCUGCACGGGAGGAGCUGAAAAGCUACGAACGGCCGAGAAGCAAGCCAAAGAAAGUCGACUACGCUUGUGGCGUGCUUAUGCACCAAGCUCUUCGAAUGGUCUCUCCGAAGAGAAAGAAGUCGUUCUCUGGAAAGGUUGUCGAAGUUGUUAUGAAUGAUUCAAUUGUUGUACUAAAAGACGAUGGGAAAGAAAUCAAAAUUCAUCUGUCGAGUGUCAGGCUACCUAGGGAACAAGGUGAAGAAGGGGCUGCUCGUCCGCCGGUUGGCCGUCAAUUCAGGCCACUCUACGAUAUUCCUUUCAUGUUCCAGGCCAGAGAAUUUUUGCGCAAGAGAUUGAUUGGAAAAGUGGUAAAUGUGACUGUUGACUACAUCCAACCCAAAUCUGAGCAGUAUCCAGAAAAGAUUUGUUGCACCGUCAAGCAGGGAGAUACAAAUAUUGGUGAGGCAUUGAUUCAACGAGGACUUUCCAAAGUUGUUCGCCACCGUUCUGAUGAUGAAAAUCGUUCUUCUACUUACGAUGCUUUGCUGGCAGCUGAGGCGACGGCUGAGAAAAGCAAGAAGGGUCUAUAUGCUGAAAAGAGUGCUGAUCGUAAAGAUACGCAAAGAAUACAAGAACUAGCUGGAGACGCAGCUCGCUCGAAACAAUUUUUGCCAUAUUUGCAAAGAGGUGGACGAAACGAAGGAGUUGUUGAGUUCAUUGCUUCGGGAUCGAGACUACGAAUCUAUGUACCAAAGGAAACUUGUCUCGUCACUUUCUUGCUUGGUGGUAUCAAUUGUCCGAAAGGCGCUCGCCCUGGUGGACCAACCACGGAAAGCGAACCCUACCACGCGGAGGCAUAUCAGUUUACACGAAACUUAGUCAUGCAACACGAGGUUGAUUUUGAAGUGGAGGGAAUUGAUAAGAUGGGCAACUUCAUUGGCUACCUCUUUGUUCGACAACCUGAAGGAGGGCGUCCACAAAAUUUGAGCGAACUUCUCGUCGAACAAGGGUUGGCUACGGUGCAUCAUUUUUCUGCCGAGAAGAGUGGUCAUUACAAUUCGCUGGUCUCCGCGGAAAUUCGCGCUAAAAAUGCUAGACGAAACCUGUGGGCUAACUUCAAGGAGGAAGCUGAAGAUGAAGAGCGCAAGCAACAGGCUGAUGAUAAGAGCGAACGAGUAGUAGAGUACAAAAAGGUUGCGAUUACUGAUGUGCAGCGUGGCAAUUUUAAAUUCUCAGCACAGCUCAUUGGAGAUGGUCCUAAAUUGGAGAAGUUGAUGGGAGAGCUCCGAGAAUACUUGCAAUCUAACCCUCCUAUGACUGGUGCCUAUCAUCCUAAACGCGGAGAGCUUUGUGUGUCGAAAUUCUCAUUCGACAACCAAUGGUAUCGAGCGAAGGUGGAGUCAAUCAAGGCUGGAACUGCCGAAGUUCUAUACGUUGAUUAUGGUAACCGGGAGACAGUGCAAGCCAACUUACUUGGUGCUCUUCCUCGAGAGUUUGCAACUUCGGCUCCAUUCGCUAAAGAAUAUGCCUUGGCUUUGACCCAUAUUCCUAAUGACAAGGAUUAUGCUGCUUCAUCGGAUCAAGCUUUGGAACAAGUUCUUUUCUCCGUUUCAACGGCAGAUCUAAAUGUUGAAUACCGUGCAACUGGCACCGAGUACGCUCAAGUUUUGAUCGAGAUUGACGGAAAGAAGACCGACGUCGGUCGACUUCUUGUUGAAGAUGGUUAUGCUCUGGCGGAGAAGAGAAGGGAGCAUCGUUUGCAGCAACUUGUGAAUGACUAUCAGGAGGCAGAGAAAAAGGCACGCAGAGAACGCCGCAACAUUUGGGAAUAUGGUGACUUUACUGGCUCGGAAAUC